AAUUGACAACACCGGUCGUUGUUUUGUCUAUGAACACAUCACAUGACCCUUUUAUUUUGUCCCCGUGAUCAAAUUGUGGAAAUUCAAAAAUAAUUACGCGCAAUGGCUAAAGUGGAAAUUGACGUUGAUGACAUGCAUGAAAAUUCGCUCGAUAACAGUGCGGAUAGUGAAUAUUUGGGUAUCGGAGACGAAGGAUCAUUCGGAAGCGCAGAACAGAGAUCACAUUUAGUACCACAGUCCUUUUUAGAUUCUAACGAGAAUUCCACCUCAUACAACUUCAAAGAUAUUUCUGGUUCCGUGACAUACAAGUUAAUAUCAAUGACGGGUGAAGAAACAAUUACUGGAAAUCCAUCACCGUCCCCGCCACAUAAUACAGAAUUCUAUGUGAUUACAAACCCUGUUGAAGUAUUUGGCACUACUGCUGCACCAAAGAAAGCCAUUAGAAGAGAUCCCAUGCAGGCCAAAGCAGUCAAUGCUAAAAAGCGUGAUGAUAAAAGGCGAGCCACACAUAACGAAGUUGAGAGGCGUCGCCGUGAUAAAAUCAACAGUUGGAUCACGAAACUAGCUGCCAUGGUGCCUAACUCUGGGCUCCCAGACUCGGCUAGCAAGGGAGGCAUUUUGGCGAAAGCUUGUGAUCACAUCGCUGACUUAACAAGCAGACAAAAAAGGCUAGAAAAAUUAGAAGAAGAGAAUGAAAAACUUGUGCUAGAAGUAUUAAGACUCAAUCAAGAAUUGGCCGAAGUACGCAAAGAGAACACGUCAAUGCGUAACCAGCUUGCAGACAAUUGCAUAGUAAUAAAUCAUAGGCCAAAGGACCAGAAAUCAUAGUUCAAGAGUAAAAGUUAGUUAGGCCUUAUACUAACGGACUGAGUGAACCAAGGUGCUGACAUAAUGUGUUUACUGUGAAGUGACGUCAUAAUGCGGUAAAACUUGUGGGGAUCAAUAUACAAUCAAUUUUCUUUAUUAAUUUCUUUUUGCAAUGUAAUAAUGAGAUGCAAUUCAAAUAAUGAUGGUUAAGACAAAGCCAAAGAGACAUAACAGAAUGAAAUCAAGCAUUAAGUGGAAAUAUUUCGAUUAAUAAGUUCUAAAUAGUAAUUAAUUAUUUACCCUAGAAUUCUUGUUCAUUCUAAUUUAAUGGAAAUAUAAUUAAUCUAUCCAAAUUGUGAAUUGUUAUUAGAAUUGAUUGUUAAUGAUCCUUAUAGAGGUACAGUUGUAUUGAAACAAGUUAAUAUUGUUUUAGGGUUUACUCCAUAAUAUUUUUAUGUGAAUGUAAUGUCUAUUGUAAUUGUUAAAUUUAUUUUAUGUUACAUAUAAGUAAAUAGUUUUUUUCCUAGUAAACAUCAUAUCAUAUUAAUGUUGCCAAAUUGUAUUUGUGUAUUUUUUAUUGUUUCUUUUCAGAUUGUACCACACAAGAAAUAGUUUGUGUUUGUUUUACAUAAUUACAUGAGCACAUUUAAAUAUUCCCCUUGUAUAAAGCUUUAAAAACAUCACUAAAUCAUAAAUUAUGGCAAAUAGUUUCACAUUGUAUGCAUAAUGACGAGAGAUUUCUCCCAAAGUAUUUCUAUUUAUUCAAUGUUUGUGGAGGUUAUCAAGCAAAACUGACAAAUAAAAUGUAUCAAUCAGAAUAUAAAGUUAUUUAUAUAUUGGAAAUUGUUGUAUCACUUGUAGAUUUUGGUUAGCUACUUUAAAUGUUUGUAUGCAGAGCUAACGUUAGAUAUUGGAUUGGAAUGUAUGUGAUUGAAAGGAGGCACUAAUGUUGAUUAGUUUACAUCUAGACUCGUAGUUUUGUAAUACAGGAACAAUGUUCAUAAAAGUAAUGUAAAUUAUUAGUCAAUGAACAAAUAUGAAUAGUUGAGUAAUUUGAUAGUUUCAGAACUUGUUUGCAUUAUAAAAAUACUAUUUAUAGUGUCCUGUAAUUUGAUUAGUUGAAUAUAAGUAUGCAGUCACCUAAUAAUAUUAACUGUCAGAAAUAAUUGUGGACAUCGUGGAAAUGUGAAUAUCUGCCCCUUAGAAUGUGUAAACGAUACGAACGUGCGUGUCGUUCGAUUGUAAUAACUUGAUUGGUCAGUAGAACAACGCGUGUCACGUGUCGGUCUCUCGGCCAAUCACAAUUGAACGACAAACGUUCGUAUGGGGUUUUAUGCAACAUUUUAGCGGGGCCUUGAAUUUUUCACGAAUUACUAACUUCCACAGGUAUUUCUGACGGUUAGUAUGAUAUUGAGAUAUAUAUUUUUGUCAUUUUGAUCAGUUUUUAAAAUGCAAAUAAUUUCAUUUCAUAUAUAAUAAAGACACGCAGACACUAAUGUUUUAUGUUCCGGUUGUGAAAGCGACAUAAUUUCAAAUCCUUGAAUAGUCCAAGUGUUCAAAUAUACAUUAAUGAUUUUUUUAUUCAUCAAUCAUGAUUUAGUACACCCGCCUACACCAAAAUAUGUCAUCGGAAAAUCAUAAGCAUUUAAAAUAAAGCAUCGGUUGUAUAAGUUCAAUUGCGAAUUGCACAAUUGUAAAAAUCACAAUGAAUGUUGAAAUAAUAUUCGUUUUGGGUAUCGGCACUUAUUUUACGCAGGGGACGGUAGUUGCAUGCUCCCUUUGAGGUUAUCAUUGGUCAGUCAUCAGAGCACUAAUUGUACAAGGGGCUUUGCAAUGAUUUGCCUUCGAGAUAAUACGUAAUAUAUUCGACAUAACAAUUAUUCAGGGCUGUCAAGUCCAUUGAUACCCCCUAUACCAAAUAAAUUUAUGAUUAUGGAUAUAUUAUCUGCUUAA